AUGGGCAGUUCAUGCGACGGGUUAGUGUGCCUUUUCGAUUCUUCACGCGCGAUCGUUCAUAUAUGGAAUCCAUCGACCCGUACAGCCGCAUCCUUCCCUAUAAAGAAGCCGCCGCCAUACGACGACGACGAAAGCAACGAAAGAAUCAUAUGCAGCUGGUCCAAAUACGACAACGAAAGAAUCAUAUGCAGCUGUUGGAAGUCAACGCGAGAGUUCGGGAAAGUCAACUCUUUCGGCCCCGACGCGGCAAAAGGGAUCCUCUUCAAUGGCAACGUCCAUUGGCCUACGUACGACGGUGAGGAUGACGACAGCGCUCGCGUGUAUCGAACAAUUUUGUCGUAUGAUUUGAGGAGAGAGAUGGCGACGGAGAUGCGCCUACCGAUAGAUAAGCUGCGGGCCCGCCUCAUGCACGACUUCACGAUCGGAGAAGUUAAUGGAUGCCUUUCUGUGCUGUUGUGCAAACGACAUGGUCAGUGUUGGAGAGAGAGCAGCGCGCACAAGAUCACUGCGUUCUCGACUUAUGAGCUAUGGGCGAUGAAAGAGUACGGGGUCGAAGAAUCUUGGACCAAGUUGAUGGUUUUCGAUCAAGAUUCCUACUUUGCGAUUCAUCGUAGUUUCCACUCGAAAGCGGUACUAGAAAAUCGUGCGACGUACAAGUCUCCAUUUUAUAGCGAAUAUAAUAUUUAUGUCGAAAGUUUGGUUUCUCCCACUAGAGUUGUUGUUAAUUCAACAUGA